AUGGCGACUCAUCUGCUAAGAUUUUCCCUCUUCUCCGAACCUAACCUCUCUCUCAAUUCCACACUCAAUCUCAAUCUCAAUCAUCACCGCCACUUCAUUUCUCUUCUACCCUCAAAACGACGUCGCUACCGCCACCUCAACCGCCGCCAAAUUCCCCGCCCAUAUUUCCCCGUCUCGAACUCUUUCAGCACUGAAAUUCGCACUCCCGAAUCACCUCUUCUUCAACGCCAGACACAAAUCAAAGACUCGCCGGUUCUUCUCGAUGUCACCGGAAUGAUGUGCGGCGGCUGCGUCUCCCGAGUCAAAACCAUCCUCUCCGCUGACGACCGAGUAGACUCCGUCGUGGUCAACAUGUUGACUGAGACCGCAGCUGUUAAGCUUAAACGCCUCGAAGAGGAACACGCGAGCGUUGCUGAGAGCCUUGCUCUGCGAUUGAGCGAAUGCGGGUUUCCGACUAAGAAAAGGGAGUCGGGUUUGGGAGUGGCGGAAAAUGUUAGGAAGUGGAAGGAGUUGGUGAAGAAGAAGGAGGAACUUCUCGUCAAGAGCCGUAACCGCGUCGCUUUCGCUUGGACUUUGGUUGCACUGUGCUGUGGAUCACAUGCUUCGCAUAUUUUUCAUUCUUUUGGGAUUCAUAUUGCUCAUGGACCGGUUAUGGAAUUUCUUCAUAAUUCAUACGUGAAAGGUGGCUUAGCUUUGGGAGCUUUAUUGGGACCUGGAAGAGAGUUACUCUUUGAUGGUCUAAAUGCUUUCAAGAAAGGGUCGCCAAAUAUGAACUCUCUCGUGGGAUUUGGUUCAAUAGCUGCUUUCAUCAUCAGUUCGAUCUCACUACUGAACCCCGAGCUGGCAUGGGAUGCAUCAUUCUUUGAUGAACCGGUCAUGCUUCUUGGUUUCGUGCUUCUAGGACGUUCUCUGGAAGAAAAAGCAAGGAUUCAGGCGUCUAGUGAUAUGAAUGAAUUACUUUCACUAAUAUCUACUCAGUCAAGACUUGUCAUUACAUCAUCAGAAGGUUCCCUAUCGACUGACAAUGUGCUUAGCUCUGAUGCAAUUUGUGUGGAAGUUCCAACUGAUGAUAUUCGAGUAGGAGACUCAGUGUUGGUGUUGCCUGGAGAAACUAUUCCUAUAGAUGGAAGGGUCGUUGCAGGAAGAAGCGUUGUGGACGAAUCCAUGCUUACAGGAGAGUCGCUUCCUGUAUUUAAGGAGGAAGGCCUCACAGUUUCAGCAGGAACUAUAAACUGGGAUGGUCCUUUAAGAAUUGAAUCUUCUUCGACUGGCUCCAACACAAUGAUAUCCAAGAUUGUACGCAUGGUUGAGGAUGCUCAAUCACGCGAAGCACCUGUUCAAAGGCUUGCAGAUUCAAUAGCAGGGCCAUUUGUAUUUAGCAUAAUGACUCUGUCAGCAGCAACAUUUGCAUUUUGGUAUUUUUUUGGAACACACAUAUUUCCUGAUGUUUUGCUCAAUGAUAUUGCGGGCCCGGAAGGAGAUCCUCUGCUUUUGAGUUUAAAACUCUCUGUAGAUGUUUUGGUUGUUUCUUGUCCUUGUGCAUUGGGUCUUGCCACACCAACGGCAAUCCUAGUUGGCACCUCACUUGGGGCAAGAAAAGGACUUCUUAUCAGAGGAGGGGAUGUGCUAGAACGCUUGGCCGGUGUAAAUUAUAUUGCUUUAGAUAAGACAGGAACCCUUACCAGAGGAAAACCAGUUGUUUCCGCCACAGGCUCUAUUGAGUAUGGAGAGUCGGAAAUUCUUCAGAUUGCUGCAGCAGUGGAGAAAACUGCAUCUCAUCCAAUAGCAAAGGCUAUUGUUAAUAAAGCUGAGUCAUUAGAGCUGGUCCUUCCGCUCACAAAAGGACAGAUAGUUGAACCAGGUUUUGGAACCUUGGCAGAAAUAGAUGGGCGUUUGGUUGCGGUUGGGUCUCUAGAAUGGGUCCAUGAACGUUUCAAGACUAGAAUGAACCCAUCUAAUUUGAUGAAUCUCGAACAUGCUUUGAUGAAUCAUUCAUCGAGUACAUCAUCUUCGAAGUAUUCUAAAACUGUUGUUUAUGUUGGACGUGAAGGAGAAGGCAUCAUUGGUGCUAUUGCCAUAUCUGACAUUGUGCGUGAAGAUGCUGAAUCUACUAUAAUGCGGCUCAAGAAGAAGGGGAUUAAAACGGUCCUCUUAUCAGGAGACAGGGAAGAGGCAGUUGCAACGAUAGCAGAGACAGUUGGAAUUGAAAAUGAUUUUGUCAAAGCAUCCUUGUCUCCGCAGCAGAAAUCUGCAUUUGUUUCAUCUCUAAAAGCUGCUGGACAUCGUGUUGCAAUGGUAGGUGAUGGGAUCAAUGAUGCGCCCUCUUUGGCUGCAGCUGAUGUUGGGAUAGCUCUGCAGAAUGAAGCUCAAGAGAAUGCUGCCUCAGAUGCAGCCUCCAUCAUACUUCUGGGCAACAAAAUUUCACAGGUUAUUGAUGCAUUAGACCUAGCACAAGCAACAAUGGCAAAAGUUUACCAAAAUUUGUCUUGGGCAGUGGCUUACAAUGUUGUUGCCAUUCCCAUUGCUGCUGGUGUGUUACUUCCCCAAUUUGACUUUGCUAUGACGCCAUCACUUUCAGGAGGACUAAUGGCUAUGAGCUCCAUCUUGGUGGUUAGCAACUCACUGCUUUUAAAGCUUCAUGAGUCUGAGACUUAUGGAAAGGGAUCACUGUAG